UCUGAACCUAAACCUACCACAAUCGACAAUCAAAUCGCCGUCCUCUCGCGUGCUGCACGGACAUUCUUCCUCAAUAUCUCGCCGUGUUGCGAUACCACAUCUCGGGGCGAUAAAAAAGAUCGCCUUGGGCGGCCCGAGAAGACCGAAAAAAGACCGGGUCUCGAAUAUUGUUUUUUUUUUCUUUCACUUUUUUAAUUUCAAUUUUGUGAGAAAUGAAGCGAAGGAAAUUUGUCGCUUUGGUAAUUUGUAUGUUUUGCGUGAACGAAAUUGUGAUAAAUUAUUGUUGUUGUGAUGUCGUUUCGUCGUUUUCGCCACCGUCGUCGCAAGUUAGCAACUUCCAGAAUGCUAUACAGCAACAGAACACCAUCUCAAUCCUCAGUUCCAUAGAAGAACGAUUAAGAAAUUUAGACAACAUUUAUUCCAUGCAAUUAUCGCAAAACAUAGAAUCUAAGCUGGACCAAUACAACAGAAAACUGGAAAAUUUAGAGAGUAAAGUGAUGAGGCUUGAGUCAAUAGUAAUGAUGAAUUUAGCGAAAAUAUCGGAAAAUAUUAGCACAAAAAAUUUCAAAGAUGAUAUUACCAAAACGGAGACAGUGCGAAAACUCGAUUCUAUAUACGAAAGUAUCAUGCACAGAUUUAAUUAUAUAGAGAGAAAAUUGGAGACCAAUAAUGCGAAAAUUCAAGAAAAAGUGGAAAGCACGUUUGCAUAUCUGGAUCAAAUGGAAAAAGGCACAACCAAACGGGAUUCUGACUUAGAAACGGAACUGUCGGCCGUAAUCUCGGCUAUAGACGAUCUUAAAAAAACCUAUAAAACUACCGAACAAAAAGUUUCGAAUAUAACACAGGAUAAUUUGAACGUCUCUAAACAUACCUUCACUUUAUUGACGAAGUAUAACGCAGACAAUCGAAAAUCAAUGAACAAAUUGCACGAUAACAUAGUAGGAAUUCUCCAAUAUUCCGACAACAGAACUACACAACAAAUGAAGAUAACCGAAGAUACUAAUAUAAUAUUAAAACAGAUGAAGGUUGAACUAAAAGAAGAUUUUAACAGCUAUGCAAAUAAGGUGGCAGAUAUGAAUUCGGACAUGUGGAAGAACACCGACACAACUGAAGACGAUUUAAAAAAUAUAGGUUCCGUUGUUAACAGUACCAAAAGCGAAUUACAAAAUGGAGUAAGAUCUUUAAUGAUACAAAUAGGAAAACUGUCACAGAAAGAAAACGACGUUACUUCUGGUAGCGAUUAUAAGGAGAUAGAGCAAAAAAUGAGCACAAACUUUGACAAAAUUUUAACGAACCAAGAAGUAUUUUUGGAAAGCUGUCAUCGGCUGCAGAUGGACGAGUCACAAAUAGAAUCCGAAAUUAGCGUUAUGUUGAAUAAACUAAUAGAUAUGCUUGAAAAAAAGUUCGCAUCCGAAGUGAAGGACAUCAAGAAUUUCGAGAAAAACCUCAAAAGUCACGAUAACAGAAUAAAUCGGAAUUUAUUUCAAGCCAACCAAAAUAUAAUAUCUCUAUUCGAAAAGACCACCAUGAACACUCAAAUGGUCACGUCCGAAAUCAGAAAAAUAGGUACCGAUUUGAAUGCCCUAUUUGCUUUCGUUCAAAGCACAACUAACGAAGGUGGCUCACCAGCACUAACCGCACUUACUUCAAAGGUAAUUUUAGACAAACUAAAUGGUAUAGAAAGAAGUUCAAGAAAUCUAGAAAAUAUAUUAUCAAAUCAGAAAAUAGAAAACGUUUCUAACCACCAAGUUUUCAAAGAAGUUCAAAAAUUGUCUAAAUCCUUAUCAACCAUUGUAGGAAAAAUACAAAAUUUUACAAGAUAUUUCAAUGAUCAACAAAAUGACUCCAUCAGUAAGUUGGAGAACAUCAUUAAGAAAAAUAUAAUAAUAACAACAUCUACAACUUUACCUGUAAUGCCUCCAUUAACAAAACCAGUAGUUAAUGAAACUAUGAGACAAGCCAUUAAAAAUGUAUUUGGCAACAAUCCAUAUCAUUUAAAUCAAACUAUUCAAAAUCAAAAGAAAAAUUGUACUCAAAAUUACCGAAAUCUGAUAGACAUAAGAGCUGAUGCUAGUGAAGAUUGUGUAGAAACACCUGAAAAACGAAAACCAACCAAAAAGCCAAGACGCAGAAAAUUGAAAUAUGAUAUAGAUAUAAGAGGUGAUAUUAAUUCAAGAAUGAUUGAUGAAGAUGAUGACUAUGAAGAUAGUGCAACCGAGGGUGCUACAGUAACAACAGAAACAACAACCACAACCGAUAAUUUAACUGAAGAAAAUAAAACAGUAACAACUACAACAGAAGAAAAUGACAAUACAAAUUUAUAGUGGCACUAAUAAUAUAAAAUAUUCAAAGAGCAUUUAUUUUAUAUAUAAUUUUAGAAUUUGCUACUUAAUUAUUGGUCAUUAAAUAUUUAAAACAGUUUUAAAUUAUUGUUGAAAAUAAAAAUAGGUAUUAUUUUUGUUAAUUGGUUAAAUGUGGUUUAACAUUAUAAUAAUAUUGAAGGUAGUUAAACAGUAAAUAAGUAUUUUUAAGGACCAAAUUCCACUUAUCUUCAAUAUUAUUCAAAUUUAUUGAAAUAAAUACAAAUAAAUUAAAAAGAAAAACAUAUUUCUUCAUAUGCUGUGAAUGUUCAAUCUUUGAACACUUUUUGGAUUCCAUUUGAUAGAAAAUGUGCCCAGUUAAUAUUUUAUUACACCAAAUGUAUAUUAAACUAUAAGAACUAAUCUUUUUUAUAAUGUAUUUAGCUGUGAC